GGCGCAUAGUCGAAUCUUUACAUUUUUUUAUACUUGCCCAACAACAACUAUAUAACGGGGACUUUCAUUUGGCCCUUUAUACAUCGUUAACCCUUCGCAACUAUGAAGAUAUGUUAAACAUAGAACAAGUAUAUUCGAUCAUAGCAUUGGCAGCAAUAGCAAACGGCUCAUUUAAUAUUGCAUCUAGAGCUUUCAUGAAACUUGAGACUAUAGAUACAAAAAAAAAUUACCAUCAAUUGUCAUUGAUCAUAUUUAGCAAGUAUGCUCCUAAAGACUCUACUCCGUUAUUCAUUCAAUGUUACAGUUGUUUGGACAAUUUCCCAGCUUGGUCAUUGAAAUGCCCGAGAUGUAAAACCAAACCAGAAGCCAGCAUUGUUACGGGUCAGCCAUUGAUAGAUAUAAAAUCUCUUUGGUGUUGCAGACAAUGCAAACGCAACGCAACAAUUAUAGAUAUGGGACUGUUGAAUUACUGUCCAUUGUGUAGGAAAGAGGUUAUUCUUUCUUUUUGAAUUAUUUCACCUCUUGUGUUAGGAUUGCACAU